AUGCACUCCGCUCCCAAACUCAAAGACCCCUCCCUCCUCAUCUCCCAAGCCUAUAUCAACGGCGAAUUCGUCGACGCUACCUCGUCCGAGACCUUUGAUGUCGUCGACCCUGGCUCCGGCAAGAAGAUAGGGUCAUGUGCUGAGCUUAACACCGAAGAUACCAACAAGGCCAUUGCCGCCGCGGAGAAUGCAUUCGCUUCCUUUCGCAAGACCCUCCCUCGAGAGCGAGCGACAAUGCUGCGAAAUUGGUAUAACUUGAUGAUGGAGAAUGCUGACGACCUGGCCACACUGAUCACUUGGGAGAAUGGCAAGCCCUUCAACGACGCCAAGGGCGAAGUGGUGUAUGCUGCCAACUUCUUUCAAUGGUUCAGCGAAGAAGCGCCUCGCAUUUAUGGAGAUACCAUUGGGGCCACUGUUCCGGGCAAUCGAAUUAUGACGUGGAAACAGCCCGUUGGUGUCUGCGGUCUGAUUACACCUUGGAACUUCCCAGCCGCAAUGAUCACACGAAAGAUCGGCCCAGCCCUUGCGGCCGGAUGUACCGUAGUUGCGAAGUCCCCGGGAGAGACUCCCUACACAGCCAAUGCCCUGGCCGAACUGUCCCGACGAGCAGGUAUCCCUCCUGGAGUCGUCAACGUCGUCACCGCCAUGAAAAAUACAGCCGAAGUCGGUGCGGUUCUCACUACCGACCCCCGUGUCAAGAAGGUGUCAUUUACGGGAUCCACCAAUGUGGGUAAACUUCUCAUGAAACAGUCCUCUUCCACUCUGAAAAAGCUGUCAUUUGAACUCGGGGGUAACGCCCCCUUUAUCGUCUUUGACGAUGCACCCGACCUAGACGCCGCAGUCGCCGGAGCGAUCGCGUGUAAGUUCCGGUCGUCGGGCCAGACGUGCGUGUGCGCCAACCGGAUCUACGUGCAAGAAGGCAUCUACGACGCCUUUGCGCAGAAAUUCACGGAGAAGGUCAAGAACUUCAAGGUCGGGUACGGUUUCGACGAUGGUGUGACUCACGGCCCUGUCAUUCACGACCGUGCAGUCGCCAAAGUGGAAUCUCACGUGCAAGACGCGACGAAGAAAGGCGGCAAGAUCCUCUGCGGCGGGAACAAAUUGCCCGAUUUGGGAUCCAACUUUUAUGCGCCGACGGUCAUCGCCGGCGCGACGAACGACAUGGCGAUCGCCCAAGAAGAGACAUUCGGCCCCGUCGCCGGGCUGUUUCCAUUCAAGACGGAAAAGGAAGUUGUCACGCUCGCCAACGACACCGAGGUGGGCUUGGCGGGAUACUUCUUUUCCCGCGACGUUGGACGCAUCUACCGUGUCGCCGAGGCGUUGGAGGUGGGUAUGAUUGGCGUCAACACCGGGCUGAUCUCCGACGGCGCCUCUCCUUUCGGAGGCGUGAAACAGAGCGGGUUCGGAAGGGAAGGCAGCAAAUACGGCGUUGAUGAGUAUUUGGUCAUUAAAAGCGUGACGAUUGGAGGAAUCAGCAAUGACCUACAAGGCUGA